AACCAGAGAAACCCGGAAGAGUAUGUUUAGUUACGGUUACUUCUUGAUAAGAAACUUUUAGUACCUACCAAGGUUAACUUGCUUUAAAGUCUGUUAUUGCUAAAAAAGAAAAAAAAGAACGUAUAUGAUGAUUUUGUAGUCUUUAAUCCGACGUCUUUAUGAGUCUGUAGCUUUAACUCGUCCAGGAAGCAUGGAUCGUUGAUGGGUUUGUUUACAUGGUGAAUCAGCUGACGAGCUAACGUUAGCAAACUUGAGUCACAUGAGUUGCUAAUAAAACACCAGUUGUAUCUUCUUAGAUGAAACGCGGAGUUAGAGAAGAACUUACCGCGUAGAUGUAGAAUAGAAAGAUUUGCUAGGAAGACACUAAGUGAGACAUUUUAUGUAUGUUAAUGGGAGACUAAAGCUGCUACAGAAGGUAAAGGCGUUAGCUACAGGUUCCUGUGUUUGUCAUCGGAUCAGGGGACUGUUUUAAAGGCCCUGUGGGGACUUCAUGACAAGAUGCCUUGCUCCUGCGGGGACUGGAGAAGAUGGAUUCGGCCGCUGGUCGUUGUGUUGUAUAUUUUGUUGCUAAUUGUCGUUUUACCGCUGGUCAUCUGGGAGCUACAGAAAUCUGGGGUUGGAACUCAUAACAAAGCAUGGUUCAUUGCUGGGAUUUUUGUUUUCAUGACCAUACCUAUAUCAUUAUGGGGCAUUCUCCAGCAUCUGGUGCACUACACCCAACCAGAGCUCCAGAAGCCUAUUAUCAGGAUAUUAUGGAUGGUCCCAAUCUACAGCUUGGACAGCUGGAUUGCGCUUAAGUACCCCAGUAUAGCAAUCUAUGUGGACACGUGCAGAGAAUGCUACGAGGCCUAUGUCAUCUAUAACUUCAUGACUUUCUUGCUUAACUACCUGGAGCGUCAGUAUCCCAGCUUGGUGAUGAUGCUGGAGGUCCAGGAGCAGCAGAAGCACCUCCCACCGCUCUGCUGCUGCCCACCUUGGCCAAUGGGAGAGGUGUUGCUGUUGCGAUGUAAACUGGGAGUCCUGCAGUACACGGUGGUAAGACCCGUCACAACAGUGAUCGCUUUGAUCUGUCAGCUGUGUGACGUUUACGACGAAGGCAAUUUUAGCUUUAAAAAUGCCUGGACAUACCUGGUUAUUUUCAACAACAUGUCACAGCUGUUUGCAAUGUACUGCCUGGUUCUGUUCUACCGGGCUCUGAGGGAUGAGCUGAGCCCCAUCAAACCAGUGGGGAAAUUCUUGUGUGUCAAAAUGGUGGUGUUUGUCUCUUUUUGGCAAGCUGUGCUGAUUGCUUUGCUGGUAAAAGUGGGAAUAAUCUCAGAGAAACGUACCUGGGACUGGCAGAGCGUGGAGGCUGUUGCUACGGGCUUACAGGAUUUCAUCAUUUGUGUGGAGAUGUUUCUCGCAGCCAUUGCUCAUCACUUCAGCUUUACCUACAAACCUUACAUCCAGGAGGCAGAGGAGGUCUCCUGCUUUGACUCUUUUAUGGCCAUGUGGGACAUCUCAGAUGUCAGGGCAGAUAUUUCUGAACAAGUUCGUAAUGUUGGAAGGACAGUCAUGGGUCGCCCAAAGAAGUCAUAUUUUGGCGAGGCGCAGAACGACGGCGAGCGUUCUGGGCUUCUGUCUUCGGCGUCUCAAGACACCAUCACAGAAGCUGCAAGCAACCAAGGUCAGUACGAGGGGCUUGGAAGAACUCUCACACCGCAUUCCUUAUCAGCGCCGGCAGGGUUGGACUCGGCUGUGUGGGAAGAAGGUCAUGAGGCUAGAACUGACUCAACCCAAGAUAAUGCAAGGACGAAUCACACCAAAGAACCAGAAGAGGCUGAUCUCAUAGUCAUCACUUAGGUUGGUCUAUUGUCAUAUGACUGGGCAGGUCCCAGCUCCAAAGCUUAGGCAAACAAAUGACACUAAAGCUGAUUAAAAUCAGCAAGACAUUUUUCAGCCGGUGAAAAAUGAAAAGGACCUCUCCGUUAAUGACAGCUGUAUGAAUGUUCUAUGUUGGGUCUUACAUGGCUUAUUAACACGCAUUUCACUGUUUUAUGUUGUAUGAGAAAAGGGAGAAAAAGCUUGUGCUCAAAGUUCCCACAAUGAAUCCAUUAUAGCCGUUAAAAAGCCAAGAGCAUGUCUGAACCCAGGAUUGUUUCUGUAGCCUUUCAAAUCAUUCUUUCUUAGCAAUGUCUUUAUAUGAAGUCUGACAGAUGAGCAGCUUUCAAAUGUUCUUUUUAUUGGGAUGUUCUUGACUUGCAGGGCUACAUUACUUAAAGGAGAGUUAUUAUGUAAAGUUGACCUUUAAGUGCUUUAUAUCAUGUUAUAUUUCCUCAUCACAAACAUACCCAGAGUGUUGUCUUGAUUCUUUCAUACAUGUUUGAGCAAUCCUUGUGUCUCCCAUGGCAACUAUUUGGGAGUGCCUAAAUGCUUAGUCAUACAAAGCUCCGCCUAUUUAGCUUAAGCUCCUCCCCCUCAAAGCUCUUCUAGACUAGCGGCAACUGCAGUUAGCAAACAUGUGGAACUGCACGACUGCUGAGCUUUUGCUCAUUACUUCUUAGUGAAAAGCUUCACAGAAUGAUUAUAGACAAUAUAAUGAAGGAGAAUUAUUGUCAUGAUGUCCUGAAGGUGAGCUGUCAGAGUAGGAGCUUUUUAAAGAGACAGAGGCCAAUUUCAAGGCGUCAAAUUGCAAAGUCAAAUUUCUUUUAAGUUAUUUUUGAUAUGUACAGCAUUUUUAGACCUGAAGGUAACAUUGUUACUUGAUUUUGCUAUAAAAUGGCACUAUGUGCUUGAAAACUACACAAUGCCCCUCCUUUAAAACACAUAGAUUUUGGAAAUAUUUGGAAAAGGGCACUGGAACAUUUUAAAAUAAAAAUGUUCCCAGAUCAAGGAAUGAAGUAAAAAGGCAACAUUUUUCUCUGUGUAUGCAAACUGUUUGCAUGGUUAUAUUAGAUCAAUGCAAGAUAAACACACUCGGUGUGUACUGCAUUUUAUAAUGGUGUCAAAUGUGAGAACAUACAGAACUCAACUUGAAAUAGUACAAUCAGCUCUCUGUAGUUCAAAUACUGUAAAUGCUUUAGCCUGUACAACUAACUUCUGAUUCACUUUUCCACCCUGGAUAAAAAAAUCCAUUGAUUUUUUUCAUUAGUUUAGCAAAUAUGAGCAACACCAAUUAAUUGAUUUCAUAACUACAUCUUGAAUAGAUGUUUUUCCCUUUAAUAUUUUAAUUAUUUUCAACUAAUAUGGUGAUUAGAAUGUUGACGUCUAUAAUCCUGAGCUCAUGCAUGUUGUUGCCUUUUUUAUAUAUAUAUGAACCUUACUGGAAUAUAUCAAAUCUGAUGUAAAUACCACACUCAUGAAAUGUAAAAUGUAAAUAUCAAUAAAAAAAUGACCAAAAACAA